UUUGGCAGUCCUUGGGGUCAGAGCGCAGAGUCUGUAUUGGGGAGACAGACAGAGGAGGCGCGGGAAGAGGCUUUGUCCCCAGUGACUAGAGGCGGUUCUAUAGUCGGGCACAUCGCCGCUUGCGGGGCCGGUCUGGAGACGUUGGUGCCCGGUCCGUUCGGGACGCUCGGCUGUCCCCUCUCUGCCCCGGCUUGUGGCUCAGGUGGCGGCGGCGGCGCCGAGGGACCCGCCUCAGGUUUCCAUGGCUGCGGAAGUGCUUUUGGAACCUAAUCAGCAGGGAAGUGUGACCUUUGAGGAUGUGGCCCUGUAUUUCUCCUGGGAGGAAUGGGCUCUCCUUGAUGAGGCUCAGAGAUGCCUGUACCACGAUGUGAUGCUGGAGAAUUUUGCACUUACAUCUUCAUUGGGCUGUUGGCAUGAAGUGGAAGAUAAGGAAACAUCUCCUGAACAGAGCAUUUCUGUAGAAGGAGUGUCACAGAUCAGAACUCUUAAAGCAAUUUCAUCUCCCCAGAAGGCCCAGCCCUUUGAGAUGUGGGGCCCAAUCUUGAGAGAUAUUUUGCACUUGCCUGAGCACCAGGGAAUGCAUCUUGGGCAGAAACCAUACACAUAUGGGAAACAAUUUUAUUUCACUGCCAACCUUCAGCAGUACCAGGGGCAGCACAUUGGAAAGAUACCCAUCAGAAGUUCUGCAGACCAAGACUUGUAUGUAAAGAGUUGCACAACCCACUUGUCAGGGAAAUCCAUUAUCUGUAUGGAGAUUGCGAAGGACUUCUUAGCCAGCAUGGGAUUUUUCCAUCAACAGGUCAUUCACACUGAGGAGAAGCCGAACAACAGUAAUGAGUGUGAGGCUGUCUUUCACAGUGGAAAAAAGCAUCAGAACUGGGGAGAAGGCAAAAAAGCCCUCAACUGCACAGACACACUUGUUGAGGACCAAGGAGUCCUCACUAGAGAAGGGCUUUAUGAGUGCAGCAAAUGUGGAAAAGCGUGUACCCGAAGAUGUAACCUCAUUCAGCACCAGAAAGUCCACACUGGAGAAAGGCCUUACGAAUGCCAUGAAUGUGGAAAAUUCUUUACCUACCUUUCCAGCUUCAUUAUACAUCAGAGAGUUCACACUGGAGAAAGGCCUUAUGAGUGCAGUGAAUGUGGGAAAUCCUUUAGCCAGAGCUAUAGCCUCAAUAGCCAUAGGAAAGUUCACACAGGAGAAAAACCUUAUGAGUGCAGGGAAUGUGGGAAGUCUUUUAGUCAAAGAUCUAACCUCAUUCAACAUCAGAGAGUUCACACUGGAGAAAGGCCUUAUGAGUGCAGUGAAUGUGGGAAAUCCUUUAGCCAAAACUUUAGUCUCAUUUACCACCGGAGAGUUCACACUGGAGAACGGCCUCAUCAGUGUGGUGAAUGUGGGAAAUCCUUUAGCCGAAGCUCCAGCCUCAUUCACCACAGGAGACUUCAUACUGGAGAAAGGCCUUAUGAGUGCAGUAAAUGUGGGAAAUCCUUUAAGCAAAGCUCCAGCUUUAGUUCACAUCGGAAAGUCCACACAGGAGAAAGGCCCUAUGAGUGUGAGGACUGUGGAAAAUCAUUUAGCCAUAGUUCCAACCUCAAGAACCACUGGAGAGUUCACACUGGAGAAAGGCCUAUUGAGUGCAAUGAAUGUGGGAAAUCGUUUAGCUGCAAAUCUAACCUCGUUAAACACCUGAGAGUCCACACAGGAGAAAGGCCGUAUGAGUGUGGGGACUGUGGAAAAUCCUUUAGCCAAAGUUCCAGCCUCAUCCAGCACCAGAGAGUUCACACUGGAAAAAGGUCCUGAGUGCAGUGAAUGUUGGAAAAAAUUCUCAGCUGCAAAUAUAACCUCAUUCAACACGAGAGACUUCACACUAGUGAAGGGCCAUAGAUAGCUGGGAUGUGCAGUUUCCUUCUAGUGUAAUUACAGUGGAGGAGAGAAGUUGUGAGGGAGCCAUUUACCUGAAUUAAAGCCCAUACAUCCAAAAAUCUGCAGUGGGGAGUGUUAUGUAGGAAUCCUUAAGGAGCUGUGUUAUACUUUAUUUCCUGCCAGGCUCUUUCUAGCUUUAUGUCACUGCCAGUAUGACAGAAUUCAUUUCACCUGUGUUACCCAGCAGGUUCACACAAUGUGCAAAAGUUAUCUCCCAACAUAUUCAGGGAAGUUGACUUCUGUCCCAUUCCUGUUUGUGGGGUAAGUAAUGAGUAGUCUUAGCUCUUGUGGGAUCCUCAUUCCCUUCCCAUUUCCAAAGUAGGGCCUGGACCCGAUCCAGUUUGGGCCCAGUGGACCCAGUCUGAGUUCUAUUUGUGACUUGCCAGGAAGGACUGCAUUUUCAGGGACAUGUUUGUUUAUGGUGACAUUUCUUUUGGAUUUUCCCAGCCUCUGAGUCACAAAGCUGGGAAUUGCAAGCCUCCUAUUGCUCUGCAUUUUGCAAUAAUAAAGGCAUUAAUGUUUAAGCCACCUUUGGUGUUGGAGUUCCAUUCACUCUGUGAGGUGAUCUGAAAACAACUGGGCUCUACCAGCAUUAAGGACUGCACAGCUCUCAUGGUGGGAGGGGGGGUCCCAUGCUUUGUGUGCCUCACAUGUCAGUAUGAUUAAGAAUAUAGCUCUUGGGCUUCCCUUGUGGUGCAGUGGUUGACAGUCCACCUGCCGAUGCAGGUGACUCGGGUUCGUGCCCUUGUCUGGGAGGAUCCCACAUGCCACGGAGCAGCUAGGCCCGUGAGCCAUGGCCGCUGAGCCUGCGCGUCUGGAGCCUGUGCUCCACAAUGGGAGAGGCCACAGUGGU